UCCUGCCUGGGCGGUCCUUACUGGCGCAGCUAGUGUUUGGCCGCAGGAAGAGGAUGAAAGUUUGGGGACCGUGAACGUUUAUUCUAACAGCACUUUACAUUUCUUUCCUAAGCGGCUGGAAUUACAAAGGCUGAUCCUACAGAGCAUAGCGUGGGAACCUGGAGCCCAGCCGCGCAACCCCGCGCGUGCGGCGCCGGGGACCCGAGCCGCGGGUGGGCGGGGAGGAGCGAUUGUGACCUGCCCGGUCCCUCCCUCGCCGGCACUGUGAUGCUGCAGGGCAGCUGCUGGCCCAGCGUGUCUGUCCCCGGCCCCCUCCCGCCUGGUGUCACCACAGCGGAGGCGGCUGUAUCUGGAGCAGUUGGAGUGGGCAGGCCCAGCCGGGAGCGAGCGAGCUACGGGAGCGGCCGCGAUGCGGGAAUGCAUAUCCGUCCACGUGGGCCAAGCAGGGGUCCAGAUCGGCAAUGCCUGCUGGGAGCUCUUCUGCCUGGAGCACGGCAUCCAGGCCGAUGGCACUUUUGGCACGCAGGCCAGCAAGGUCCAGGACGACGACUCCUUCACCACCUUCUUCAGCGAGACUGGCAACGGGAAGCACGUGCCCCGGGCCGUCAUGGUCGAUCUGGAGCCCACCGUGGUGGAUGAGGUUCGGGCAGGAACCUACCGCCAGCUGUUCCAUCCAGAGCAGCUGAUCACAGGAAAAGAGGACGCAGCUAACAACUACGCGCGGGGCCACUACACGGUGGGCAAGGAGAGCAUCGACCUGGUGCUGGACCGCAUUCGCAAGCUGACAGAUGCCUGCUCAGGCCUGCAGGGCUUCCUCAUCUUCCACAGCUUCGGGGGCGGCACCGGCUCCGGCUUCACUUCUCUGCUGAUGGAGCGCCUCUCCCUGGAUUACGGCAAGAAGUCCAAGCUGGAGUUCGCCAUCUACCCGGCCCCGCAGGUGUCCACGGCCGUGGUGGAGCCCUACAACUCCAUCCUGACCACGCACACGACCCUGGAGCACUCGGACUGUGCCUUCAUGGUGGACAACGAGGCCAUCUACGACAUCUGCCGGCGUAACCUGGACAUCGAGCGGCCCACGUACACCAACCUCAACCGCCUCAUCAGCCAGAUCGUGUCCUCCAUCACGGCCUCCCUGCGUUUCGACGGCGCCCUCAACGUGGACCUCACCGAGUUCCAGACCAACCUGGUGCCCUACCCCCGCAUCCACUUCCCCCUGGUCACCUACGCACCCAUCAUCUCUGCUGAGAAGGCCUACCACGAGCAGCUCUCCGUGGCCGAGAUCACCAGCUCCUGCUUCGAGCCCAACAGCCAGAUGGUGAAGUGUGACCCCCGUCACGGCAAGUACAUGGCCUGCUGCAUGCUCUACCGGGGGGACGUGGUGCCCAAGGAUGUGAACGUCGCCAUUGCCGCCAUCAAGACCAAGAGGACCAUCCAGUUUGUAGACUGGUGUCCCACAGGCUUCAAGGUGGGCAUCAACUACCAGCCCCCCACGGUCGUCCCCGGGGGAGACCUGGCCAAGGUGCAGCGGGCCGUCUGCAUGCUGAGCAACACCACGGCCAUCGCCGAGGCCUGGGCCCGCCUGGACCACAAGUUCGACCUCAUGUACGCCAAGCGCGCCUUCGUGCACUGGUACGUCGGAGAGGGGAUGGAAGAAGGAGAAUUUUCCGAGGCCCGGGAGGACCUGGCUGCCCUGGAGAAGGAUUAUGAGGAAGUGGGGACUGAUUCUUUUGAAGAAGAAAAUGAAGGGGAGGAAUUUUAAAUACAAACGUUCCUCGUG